AUGGUCUAUAUGGAGCGGCUUAUUGGUGUGAAACAAAAUAUACCUGCCUGGGUCCGUUUGUUGGUCGGAGUUCGCGAUCGCUCAUACGCUUUAGAACGAAUCCAGUUCAAUCCACACCAUCCUUGUGUGCAUAUGCACACUGUAAAUCUCUCUUACAGUGACUUUAUUCAAGUCAAAGAACAUAUAUCGUACAUGCCCGAUAACGGCCGCACACGAUAUAUUCAGAAUGCGCAUAUUGAGUGCCCAGGGCUCACACAUGUCGCACACGGCGUUUUUGACUCGGCGGCCGCGCGACUCGAGGAGUUUACUCUUCAUAGAUUUCGUGAAAAUGCCGAGCGUGGGCGUUCCGGCUUUACGCAUGUGCUUCAAGCUAUGUUCGGUCCUGCGCUAGCUCAGUUUGCGCACAUAGCUACACCAAGCGCGAACUGA